CCUUGUCGAUACUUAUAGCUGGUCUCGAGAUUAUGAUAACAAGCGCUGAGUUCUGUGCUUCAAAGCUUAGUUUACAGACUUUGGAACACGACACAACAUUUGGGAGAAAAAGCCUGAGAAUAACCAAUCAUGAUGAAAAUUAUAGGCCAUUUCUUUGGCUGGAACAACAUGCUGCGUACAACGUUUCGUAGAGCAGGACGCCUGCGUACGUCCUCUAGUUUACCUGUCCGACCUGACGCGAUCCUCUCAGAAGGUGGACUCUCUACUAUAAGGAGGCUGUGCCCCUUCGUGCUACAACUCGCGCAACUGGCUCUUCUUGGUUGCAGUACUGUCACUGACGUUACUGCUGUGCAGCCGACCUUCGCGGCGUUUUCGAAGAGUGAUUUUUCCAAGUUUCACGAGUCUCACGAGGCUCCUGCAAGUGGGGGGCGACCCGCAAGUAGUGCAACCCGCGGACAAGAUGCUGCUGGUUUUCCAGAUACGGAUGGAGAUAAGAUCAAGAUGGAGGAGGUAGAGGGGAAACAACUUCUUUUACAACAAGCACAAAACGCAGGAGAUUCAUCUUCACAGAACAUCGACUGGUACAGAACUACAAGUACGCCAACUGCUGCUCCACCUGGUGCGACUGCGAGCAGUAGAAGUUGUUUUCCGCCAUCCGCAUCCCAAGCGCGCUCGCCUGUGGUCGAGGGCUUCUCUGCGUGGUCUGGAAGAUUUGAGAGACAUCAACAUCAUAUUCAUAGCCCCCUAAUAAUUUCAAGGGAUGAAGAGACCACGAGGACAGAUGUGUGGACGACGACAGAACCAGCACUUUUAACCACUCCUCACGGAAGAUGUGAAGAUAAAUAUGAACUACAUGACUCCCGGUCAACAAUCUCAACUACAAGAACCGGAACGCCGGCGUCUUUACUGCAACCUGGCCCACACGACCCAUGUGCGGAUACUGGCCAUUGUUGGACGCAGCCUGCACCUGCUGCUUUUGUUCCUACAAGUAGAUUGGGGAACUACUGGUACUGCUCGUACUCGUCUUUUGCUGCGCCGGCUGGGCCGCCGGCAGUUGUACCUGUUCCAUAUCAUGAUAUGCCGAUGUGCUACUCUUCUCUUCCCAAUAGAAGUACUCUGCCUUUUGUGUCCCCGGAAGCGGAACCAGGGCAAGAAGAAGCCUGCACAGAUGAUCUGCGCAUCAGUAGAACGCAGCAGAACUCUGGUUUUACGAGUCGUGAAGUUCAAGAAGAAGACAAAGUUGGACGAACUCCAGCUGAGGAGAGCAAGAUGCUAAAUAUGGAUGGUGUUUUUUCCAUCCUUACGACCAUUGAGGCUGCGCCUUUUGCCCUUGAACGUGUGCUAUAGGUCAAAGGGGAGCCUCGAUGGUUUGCAUAGAUGGAAGAAGCGUCAUCCAUAACAAAACUCCGAACGGGCUUGGUGUGGGGUUUUCGGAACGUCCUGGUACCGAUAGGCCCAAAAACUUCAAGUAGUAGUAUUAAGUUGGAAGUACUUGACCUAUCAAUCUAUAAUCAUCCAAAUAUAUUGUAGCAUAUUUUUUAUCUAAGUUUAAUCCACAGAAAGCUGUCCUUCUCUCUUCAAUUUCAUCUUCCAGUACAAGGAGGUAGUAGUCUUAUUAUACUUAAUUGAUGUCGAAAGAAGAUGAAAUGGGGACUUCCUGUUCAAGUAGGAGAGGGAUAGAUGGGCGAGAUAGAUCGGGCAACUUCUAACAAUGACAAAAAAGAGCGAGGCGAACCGUGUCGACUCCUCCGCGAAUCCCGGAGUAAACUGACAAGAGACGAGGAGCAGGCUAUUACGGGUGGUCGAUCACUACUUGUACUUAAUGUCCUGAGUGAGUUGCUCCCCCUAGAAAAACUCCAAGACGUGGAAAAAUCAAGGGGAACUGCCAAAGGAUCGGGGCUUCAGUUUUUUCUUCCCGUUUUUGAGAAUGAGAACGCUUUUCACUUCAAUAGUUAUAGUGACCGACUAGUGCCGCUCUAAGGCGAUGUGGAAAUUUUUCACCCCUGGAGAUCGUCACGGAGGAGAGCCUAGUAGUCAGGGAGGAGCCUCUACAACUGAGGCUGAGCGGAAUUUUGCUCGACUGUGUAAGCGCCUCCGGCGUGGUGGCAAAGAUAAACAAAUUGAUGACAACAUGCUCGGCGACGCAGUCGAAUAUUUGAUCCAGAUGUUGCUAGAGUUGUUGCAGACGGCGGUCCCUUUGUCUUUGCGUCGAGAGAGUGAAGCAGAACGUCAGGAGGGCGGAUCUCGUCCUGGCAGUAGUUCAUCUUCAUCUCAUCAUUACGCCUCCUUUCAAAGGAAAUUGCACGCGCAAGCUGGCAAAUCGAGACAUUUUUCGCCUAUUGUGGAGUACUUUCAACAGUAUUUGGAGCGAAGCAAAACCUGGGAAAUCAGCUACAGCGAGGACCCUGCCUCCUUGGAUUAAGGCUCGUUCCCCUCAUUUUCCAUCUUGCUUCGGAAGCAUCUUCCUUCGAGGUGUUUUCAAGAAAACGGCACCAGGAAGAUGGACUUCGAGGUGGAGCGCUAAUUGGAGCUGUUGGAAAGGGUCAACGCAAGUAGACGGCCUGGACUGAAAAGACUGCGCGACGCUGUGGAGCUCGUGGCAAAGGAGAUACACGAACUCCAAAUCUAA